CCAAUCUCUCUCACUGCUGAUGUUAGCCGUCCUCCAGUCAGGUGCUAAGUAAGGUAUGACAAAGAUACGUUGCGCGUCUGAUGUCGUUAAGCGCGACAAACCACCAUCGUCGCCGCAGGAACUUGAUCUUGCGAUAAUCAAUCGAUAGAAUCGAUGGACAGAUACAUACCAACUGGAUACCUAGCACAACCGCUACGUAGGUCCAGCCAUGCCAGUAGUUGGACGGGAAACCAUGCACUACGUAGGUUGAAAACUGGGAAUUCAAUGCCAUGGCAUGGCUACCUAUGUGCGGAGGCGGGACAGACCAGAAUGCGACGGCUCGAGGCUCCAGCGAGGGUGGCGAGGGGUGUAGGGAUACCUAAGUCAUCACAUAGAUUGUACACCAUGGUCCAGCGGUGGAGACAGCUGGAGAACAGAGGGGCCUGGCGAGGCUGGAGCGGAAGAUCUAUGUGCCAUUGACCAAUUGCACAUGCCAGCCAAGAACAGUGUUACCCCCUCGGCUCAAUCUCGUCGCCAUCAAUCUGUGUGCGCGUUUCGCAUCGCAUCCCGACACGACUCUUUCUGUGUACAUAGUACGUACGCCAGCAUAGCCAUCUCCACCAUCGAUCCUGCCCGUCCCAUCACCGUUCCACCGUUGUGCUGCUGUAGCCUAUUUAUCCCCGUUGAUUCUUUGCCGCCUGUGUCGCCAAUCUCUCCAUAUUGGCCCUCGUGAGAUCCCACCUCCUAUCAACUAGGUAACUGGGUAUCGGAGAAGCGGUCCUGGACCCAGUAAGGAUUAACGACUGCGCCCCCCAAUCGCGCAUCUCGCUUCUCCGCCUAGUAAAAUUGCCAACGGCAGACUUCCCCCUUUGAUCGUCUGUUCGACGUUUUCUGGAACUUUGCUCGCUCGUUCGUUCGCUCGUUGUGGGCGUUGACUGGUUCCCCGCUCUUCAACUCAAACUUCCAUGUCCCAUGCAUCACUUGACAGGUUUCACUACCGGUUUCCUGCGACCGCGCUUGUCGCCAGCAUUACGAUACAUACUACUAUAGUAAGUUGACCCUACAUACCAGGUAGAUGACAUCUUAAACGCACGCAUAAUCAGUCGUUUUUGUGACCUUGCACACCCGCCACCUCUUCACUCAUGCAGAGAGCGUACAAGAGACUGAGCUCACACCAUCAAAAACCGUACUUGACUCUGUAGCGUCACCCCAGUUUCAGCCCUUGGCCCAUUUCGACUAGAUUGGCAAGUCUCGUAUCCACUCCCCCAUUCUUUCUGCUCCUCGCUUGUGCCUAGGCAAUUGAUCUUUAAAACGCCUCCCACUGGAAUACGAUACGCGCGUGCGUAUACGCACUCAUCCCGUGGACCGCGGCCCUUCCCCUCGUCGUCGCUGCAGGUUCUCCAUCUGUAUCGAUUCUGCUCCGAUGUGUGCUCACCAUGACCGCACUGGCGGAGACUCUUGAGGCCCGUUUGCUUGUUUUGGGCGCGGGAAAAUUGUUGGCUAUACUCCGGAAGCUUUAACUGCUUGCGGCAUACAGUGCCGCAAAGCGAGCCCAGGGUGGAGCUGAAAAUCAAUCCUCUCUCCUGGCGCCACCCUGACCGCAUCGAGGCAGCCUGCACGCCUAAGAAUCCUGGCUCAU